AUGCUUGGAUUAACUGGCUCGGUUACGAUUACGAAAGAGGACAUCAUUAUUCUGAACGGCGAGGGCAGCGUAGACGUAAUAGCACAGAGGUGCGAGCAGAUUCGCGGCGUUAUGGAUGAUCCAUCAACGUUCGACUACGAGAAGGAGAAGCUGUAA